CGUCCUCAACAGGCAUGGGUUCCUGAACCCAGCAUCAAUUCUCUGUGCGUCGUGCAUCGUGUCGACCCACGCUCUCGCUACACCGUGUUGCUGCGAAGGAAAUCAUUUGUAAACGCGGGAUUGUCGCGGACGUCCAGAUAGCGCCCCAACUGCUCCACGUCUUUGGCGGGGUAGCUCGUUACUGAGCAUUACCACAACAUCUUUGUCAGCCCAACGUCCAAUAUCUUCCUUUCUCCGCCCAAAAGCAAUCGUCAAAAUCCACGAACAGAGUCAGAUAGACUAGCAAAAUUCGAAUCGACUCGUCUUCGUUCACACAUAUCGAUCGCUCGAAAGCAUAGUCACCCCGGUUGAAUUCAGUUGGCAAUCUAGUCAAGCAAGCAUAGUCCGUCACGAUGCCGACUGGUUCACGACGAACACCUUCGCGGAAGGGUUCCAUGGCCGAUGUGCCAAAGGAUCUGCUGGAUCAAAUCAACAAGCUUGAAGACUUGUUUAUCGUCGAUGGCCAGAAGCUCAAGGAGGUCACUAAUCAGUUCGUCUCCGAGCUGGAACGCGGUCUUGGCGAGAACGAUGCUACUAUUCCUAUGAAUCCGACUUGGUGUAUGGCUUUUCCCGACGGCAACGAAACCGGUACCUUCCUCGCCCUCGACAUGGGCGGCACCAACAUGCGAGUCUGCGAAGUAAUCCUUACCGAGGAAAAGGGCGAAUUCGACAUCAUACAAUCCAAAUACCGCAUGCCUGAGGAGCUGAAGACUGGCACGGCAGACGAGCUAUGGGGCUAUGUUGCGGAUUGCCUGCAGCAGUUCAUUGAGUACCACCACGGCGACGACCAGAUCGAGCAGCUGCCGCUCGGCUUCACCUUCUCCUACCCUGCAACACAAGAGUACAUCGAUCACGGCAUCCUGCAACGGUGGACGAAGGGCUUCGAUAUUGAUGGUGUCGAGGGAAAGGAUGUCGUGCCGCCCUUUGAAGCCGCUCUCGCAGAGCGUGGCUUGCCCAUCAAGCUAACUGCACUUGUGAACGAUACCACGGGUACCAUGAUUGCAUCCGCGUACACGGACCCUCUGAUGCGUAUCGGAUGCAUCUUUGGCACUGGUUGCAACGCCGCAUACAUGGAAGACUGUGGCUCUAUUCCCAAGAUUGCGCACAUGAAUCUUGAUCCGUCCCUCCCGAUGGCUAUCAACUGCGAAUAUGGCGCUUUCGACAAUGAACACAAGGUCCUUCCUCGCACGCCCUAUGACAUCAUAAUCGAUAAGGAGUCGCCUCGGCCCGGACAACAAGCCUUCGAGAAGAUGAUUGCCGGCCUAUACCUCGGUGAGAUCUUCCGUCUUGUUCUUCUUGACCUGCACCAAAACCACGAAUGUGAUUUCUUUGCAGGCCAGGAUAUCAGCAAGCUGAAGAAAGCGUACUCUCUCGAUGCCGGAUUCCUGGCGGCCAUCGAGGAGGACCCCUUCGAGAAUUUAAGUGAGACACACGACUUGAUGCAGAACAAACUGUCCAUCUCGUGCACAAAGCCCGAACUCGAACUCCUCCGCCGUCUCGCUGAGCUCAUUGGAACGCGCGCGGCGCGCUUGUCCGCCUGUGGUGUUGCCGCCAUAUGUAAGCACAAGGGAUGGGAGACAUGCCAUGUUGGCGCCGACGGCUCUGUCUUCAAUAAGUACCCGCACUUCAAGAUACGUGGAGCGCAAGCAUUGAAGGAGAUCUUGGACUGGCCGGAAAACAAGGGCAAGGGCAAGGGCGAUCCGAUUGAGAUUCUGCCUGCUGAGGAUGGCAGCGGCGUCGGUGCGGCUUUGAUCGCGGCGCUGACGUUGAAGCGCGUGCAGCAGGGGCAGAACGCUGGUAUCAGAGAUCCGGAGGCAAUGAAAAGGGCUGCGGAACUGGCCAGCAAAGCCAAACCAUUCAAAUGA